AGGAACAUAAAAGCAUCACACUUCAGCGCUAGAAAGAAAGCACCAGGAACCCAUACAGGCUCCUCCCAGCUCCUUCCUUGAAGCUCCUCCUUCAUCCUGCACCUCGGCUGUUGAUUUAUUUCCCCUUUGUUGACUCGGCUAUCGGCCUGCCGUGCCUGGCCUUUCCCAGAAGGCCCAGCGCCGGGAAGGGGUUUGCAGCUGCUCCGUCAUCGUGCGGCCCGACAGCAGCCCGCGCUGGUGUGUAGGCCCGGCUCGGCUCCUGGUCCCCGGUGCUACGGUUCACGCGAGGCCCCGGCCUCGGUCCCCGGACUAGGCCGUGACCUCGGGUGCCAUGAAGCAGGAGGGCUCGGCGCGGCGCCGCGGCGCGGACAAGGCGAAACCGCCGCCCGGCGGAGGAGAACAAGAACCCCCACUGCCCCCGGCCCCCCAGGAUGUGGAGAUGAAAGAGGAGGCGGCGACGGGUGGCGGGUCAACGGGGGAGGCAGACGGCAAGACGGCGGCGGCAGCAGCUGAGCACUCCCAGCGAGAGCUAGACACUGUCACCUUGGAGGACAUCAAGGAGCACGUGAAACAGCUGGAGAAAGCGGUUUCAGGCAAGGAACCGAGAUUUGUGCUGCGGGCCCUGCGGAUGCUGCCUUCCACAUCACGCCGCCUCAACCACUAUGUUCUGUAUAAGGCUGUGCAGGGCUUCUUUACUUCAAAUAAUGCCACUCGAGACUUCUUGCUCCCCUUCCUGGAAGAGCCCAUGGACACAGAGGCUGAUUUACAGUUCCGUCCCCGCACGGGAAAAGCUGCAUCGGCACCCCUCCUGCCUGAAGUGGAAGCCUAUCUCCAACUUCUCAUGGUCAUCUUCAUGAUGAACAGCAAGCGCUACAAAGAGGCACAGAAGAUCUCUGACGACCUGAUGCAGAAAAUCAGUACUCAGAACCGCCGGGCCUUAGACCUUGUGGCCGCAAAGUGUUACUAUUAUCACGCGCGGGUCUAUGAGUUCCUGGACAAGCUGGAUGUGGUGCGCAGCUUCUUGCAUGCUCGGCUCCGGACAGCGACGCUUCGGCAUGACGCAGAUGGGCAGGCCACCCUGCUGAACCUCCUGCUGCGGAAUUACCUACACUACAGCUUGUACGACCAGGCUGAGAAACUGGUGUCCAAGUCCGUGUUCCCAGAGCAGGCCAACAACAAUGAGUGGGCCAGGUACCUCUACUAUACAGGGCGAAUCAAAGCCAUCCAGCUGGAGUACUCAGAGGCCCGGAGAACAAUGACCAAUGCCCUUCGCAAGGCCCCUCAGCACACAGCUGUCGGCUUCAAACAGACGGUGCACAAGCUUCUCAUCGUAGUGGAGCUGUUGCUGGGGGAGAUCCCUGACCGGCUGCAGUUCCGCCAGCCCUCCCUCAAGCGCUCACUUAUGCCGUAUUUCCUUCUGACUCAAGCCGUCAGGACAGGAAACCUAGCCAAGUUCAACCAGGUCUUGGAUCAGUUUGGGGAGAAGUUUCAAGCAGAUGGGACCUACACCCUAAUCAUCCGGCUGCGGCACAACGUGAUUAAGACAGGUGUACGCAUGAUCAGCCUCUCCUAUUCCCGAAUCUCCUUGGCCGACAUUGCCCAGAAGCUGCAGUUGGAUAGCCCCGAAGAUGCAGAGUUCAUUGUUGCCAAGGCCAUCCGGGAUGGUGUCAUUGAGGCCAGCAUCAACCAUGAGAAGGGCUAUGUCCAAUCCAAGGAGAUGAUUGACAUCUAUUCCACCCGAGAGCCCCAGCUGGCCUUCCACCAGCGCAUCUCCUUCUGCCUAGAUAUCCACAACAUGUCUGUCAAGGCCAUGAGGUUUCCUCCCAAAUCAUACAACAAGGACUUGGAGUCUGCAGAGGAACGGCGUGAGCGAGAACAGCAGGACUUGGAGUUUGCCAAGGAGAUGGCGGAAGAUGAUGAUGACAGCUUCCCUUGAGCUGGGGGGCUGGGGAGGGGUAGGGGAAAUGGGGCAGGCUUUUUCGCCCUUGGGGGUCCCCUGCCCAGAGUAUUGUCCCCAUUUUCCCACACACAGCUCAUAGGCUGCACUCGUGCAGGGGGUGGGGGUGCUGGGAGCCAGCCACCCUGACCUCCCCCAGGGCUCCUCCCCAGCCGGUGACUUACCGUACAGCGGGCAGGAGGGCGGGCAGGUGACCUCCCCGGGCAGGGUCCUGGCCAGUGGUGUGGGAGCAGGAGGGGAAGGAUAGUUCUGUGUACUCCUCUUGGGAGUAGGGGACUGGAACUGGGAUGUCUUGGCUUGUAUGUUUUUUGAAGCUUCGAUUAUGAUUUUUAAACAAUAAAAAGUUAUCCAAAG